GAGCCCGAAGCAGGCGUCGUCGUCCUCGACUCGGGCGAGACGGUAUCCGCGGAUCUGGUCAUCGGGGCAGAUGGUCUGCAGUCUGUCAUUCGAUCACACGUCCUGGGCUAUACCCAAGAUGCGGAACCAACAGGCUACGCUUGCUGCCGCAGUGUUUUCGAUGCCGCUCCGAUGAAGGACGACCCUGACUUUGACUGGGUCACGAAGGGUGUUGCGGGUGUCCGGUCCGUACCGUGGAAAGGAGCACCAUUUCGCAUGAUAUUCUGCUAUCCCUGUCGAAACGGGGAAUUGCUCAACUGUGUCCACUUCUACCAGGAAUCUGACGAAGACAAACAAAAACUUACGAGCCGCACAAUCACUCCAGCUGAGGUCCUUCCUAAGUUUGCAGGCGCUGAUCCGAAAUUCCUCCGUCUGUUCGACUUGCCAAAUCACAACGCCGAGCACUACCGGUGGCGGCUCCGCGCAAUGCCCAUUCUGCCCACCUGGUUCAACGGCCGCACCGCGAUAAUCGGCGACGCAGCCCAUGCCAUUCUACCUUUCAUGGCCCAGGGAGCCGCGAUGGCUAUCGAGGACGGAGCAGUCCUCGCCGGACUCCUUCCCCUCGGGACCACGCGCGAGCAGAUCCCCGCCCGGCUGGCUGCGUGGCUGGAUAUCCGGAAACCGAGGGCAGACUUUGUGAACAGAACAUCUGUGGCCCAGAUCCAGGCUAUCAUGGAUGGAAACCAAGGCGCUGCGCAUUCCGCAGAAGCACGUGAAGAUCUCAUGUCGUAUGAUGCCUUGCAGGCCGGGAAGGACGCUUAUCAGAGACUGUUUGCUUGAAUGGAGAGGGACAGACGGAGAUAGUCCAAUUGUCUCCAGCGUUUGAGUAUUACUGCCAUGGUCUCACCUUCCCAGACUAUCAGAUUUUGCAUUUUAUAACCCGUUUAAGUGACCGCUCUCAAGCAAGAUUUCAUAUCGCAACUGAGCCUCGUCCUCAACCGCGGCUUGAUAUUCGGAAACCUGUUCGGAUCCGUGGGAGUGAGUUAGAGCUGUUAAAUGGACGCUUUGCGCCAGACUUUCCUUCCGCUAUCUUUCCAACAUGUCCCAUGUGAGCAACAUCGACCGGCGAGAACGUUUGAGCUGCCCGCAGGACUGCGACAGCCGUCGCCUAGUACUUAAGCCACCACCCGUUCGCUUGCAUUUCCUCAUUGUGGGAUGUGGAUUGGGCGGCCUUGCUGCAGCUUACUGUCUCGGCCGCGCGGGACAUUCGGUAUCGGUGUUCGAGAGCGCCACACGGCUCCAGCAAGUCGGAGCUGGAAUCCAGAUUAGUCCCAACUCCAGUCGGCUGCUCAUUCGAUGGGGAUUGGGCGAGGAGCUGAGGAAGGCUUCCGUCAAGCCUGAAUCGAUCACUUUCCGACGCUACAACAGCGGCGAGCGUAUUGGAUACACGAGAUGGGGAGACACGAUGGACAGUAACUAUGGCGCUCCGUACUAUCACAUCCACCGCGCGGACUUGCUCGACAUGCUCUUCAAGCUCGCGGCCCCGCACAUGACGCUCUUCACGAACAGCCGCGUGGUUGCGGUCGAUCCCGCGCAGGGCCAGAUCACGCUCCAGUCCGGCGAGACGGUCCGCGGCGACGUGGUGCUCGGCGCGGACGGCCUGAAGAGCAUGGUGCGCGAGGUCAUCGUCGGGCGCCCGGACAAGCCGCUCCCCACCGGCGACGCAGCCUACCGGGUGGUGAUCCCGACAGCCAGAAUGAUGGCGGAUCCCGAUUUGGCAUCAUUGGUUGAGUAUCCGGAGAUGACCGGCUGGCUCGGGCCCGGCCGGCAUAUCAUGGCCUACUGCAUUGUACGCCGCCUGCGGGCUUGCCCUGAAUGGCUCUCGCUCAUUCAUUUUUCGUUCCGUAGCGCGCCAAGCGGGAGUUCAAUCUUGUUCUAAUCCAUCCCGCAGAUGACGAACAUGGCAUGGAGGCGUACGACAUGCCGGGGUCUGUCAGGAACAUGAGGGCCGAGUACGCGGGAUGGGAUCCUCGGUCUGUUUGCGCGUUCUCGCAUGUAAAUGGCGUAUUGAGCUCCAUUCAGCGUCCAGAAACUGCUGGAACUUGUCUCUGACGCUUUGAUCUGGCCCUUAUUCGAUCGCGAUCCUUUAGAAACUUGGGUUCAUUCCGAGGGCAACGUAGUGCUAUUGGGAGAUGCCUGUCAUCCAAUGCUUCCUUACCGCGCGCAAGGCUCUGCCAUGGCGGUGCGACAAGCUUUCGAACCUUUUGCAGCCCAUGUUCAAACAUUCACAGAUAGAAGAUGCUGCAGUUCUCGGCGUACUGUUUGCUGGAGUCCGCUCGAGGGAGGACAUCCCGGCCCUUUUGAAAGGUUACCAAGACCUCCGCCACUCGCGAACGACAGACACUCAGCUCGCCUCGCGGUGGAAUCAGAAGCUAUUCCACCUUGCGGACGGUCUAGAGCAAGAGGCGCGGGACAGAUCCAUGAAGCAGAGUCUGCAUGGAGCAAGAAUGAACGCAGCCCGAGAAGACUCGCAAAUGGACGUGGGACAUUCAGUGGGUAACGCAAACGUCUGGGCUGACAGGGAGAAGAGCGAGGUCCAAUUCAGCUAUGAUGCCGAGAGCGCGGCAGAGCGUUGGCUGGAGCUCAGAGAAGCAAAGAUGGCUCAGAACUAACUUUUAAACGUUGAUCUGAGUUGGAUGCACGGAUGAUAGACUUAGACAGAAUGUAACAAGAUGAUCUGACUUGGAUUUGGACUGAGGACAACGUGCGACCCAGAAUCCCAGUCUGAACUGAGCCCAUUCACCCAAAGCCAAGCACACCAGAAGGCCCAGACCUUAGAAUGCUCUGCCAUGAUCAGAUAGAGAACGCUACUCAGACAUGAGAACAAUAGGCAUGGACAACCCCGAUGAUGAAUCCGGCAAAUCUGGGAGCGUUCCGGUCCAGCGGAUGGAAAAAGUGAGCAAGCUGAAGAAUAAUCUCCUGCUUACUUAUCACCUUAUGGUCUUCAUUCCUACAGGUUCUAAAAAUACAUCAGUUUUUC